UUGAUUUAUAUUUGAUUUUAAAAAAUGAAGUGAUAAUUAUUUGGCAAAUUGUUUCAGAUACCCUGCUCUUCUUUAAGAAAAGAAAAAAGCUGAUGAUUACGCGCGGAGCAGGAKGCGCUCCAUUCUUUUUACGCAUUCCUCUUUCUCCACGUCUGUCUUAAAUUAUUGUCAAAGACUAUAAAAUGCUUCAUUAAUGCUGACCUCUGCUCUGAGCUGACUGUUCUCUGAUUGGUGUCAUGACCCUGGUUUGUCUCUAUUUACUGGCUGCUUGGGAAGCAGGGUUUUUAAACAUGUUUGGACCGGGUGGUGUGUGUGACCUCUCAGCUGGAAAUAUUGCAAACUCGGCUGUCCUUUUAUUCGCACCCCCUCCUGGUCAUUAUUUGCUCAGUGGUUUAGGCUGUUAAAUGAGAAAAUCAGACCUGCGCCUGGUUGAAGGAGAAAAAAACAAACCCUCCGUGCUGUCAUGUCCCUCUCCAGCAUCAUGCUGAAGGACAGCCCAGCCCGGGGCUUCUUCCCCGGCCCGCACCCCUACAUCUUCCCCGGGACGCACAGCCACCCCCACCCGCUCAAGUCGCUCGGCCGCCUGGUGUCGGACACCUCCCUGCCCCUCGGCCUGCCCGGCGGCGCCUUCCUGAACCAGAGCGGCCCGGCUCURCACGAGCACAUGAUGCUGAGCGCGUUCCCGUACAACCCGAGCCAGAUGUUGGCCGGACACGCGCUGUUCUCCAAYCCGGAGGAGCUGGCCGCCGUGGUGACGGAGCACGCAGCCGGUCCUCUGUCCGCGGACUUCAGCAGCCCUGCCAGCGAGAGGUCCUCCUCCUCCUCCUCUUCCUCCUCCUCCAAGGAGAACUUGUUCGGCCUGCAGGGCGCGCAUCUGUCUCCGGAGAAAAAGMCCACAGCUUACAACUUCAGCGAGGACGACCUGUUCCUGGUGCUUUAUGGGUACUCCACCGGGCAUGAGCGCAGCGUCGGGCACGCCGUUUCAGGAGUGAGCCUGCCGGGAAGCCAAGCCUCGGAAGCUCACAUCCCGCUCGACAAGGAAACUCUUGAACUCCCAGAAGGGUUAAUUAUCCUCCAGGCGUCUUGGGGAAACGCUUCCCACUGUGGGGUUUUCACGGAUAAACGCAGCAUCCCSAAAGGCGCGCGCUUCGGACCUUUCCAAGGAAAACUGGUGAACACCAGCGAGAUAAAAACAUAUGAUGACAACACGUUAAUGUGGGAGGUGUUUGAGAACGGCCGGCUGAGUCAUUUUGUGGACGGCAGAGGCGCGUCAGGGAACUGGAUGUCUCUGGUGAAGUGCGCUCGUUUCCCGGAGGAGCAGAACCUGGUCGCGGUGCAGGUCCAGGGCCAGAUCUUCUACGAGGCCUGCAAAGAGGUCGGUCCGGGCCAGGAGCUUCUGGUGUGGUACGGAGACUGCUACACCCAGUUCCUCGGGAUCCCGCUCACCCUGAAGGACCCCAGAGAGGACAACAACCCGGUCCCCCCCACCGAAGAUGCUGGGGAGGGCUUCAAGUGUGACCGGUGCGGCAAGGUGUUUGCCUACAAGUAUUACAGAGACAAACACCUGAAGUACACGCGCUGCGUGGACCAAGGGGACCGGAAGUUCCCCUGUCACCUGUGCAACAGGUCGUUCGAGAAGAGGGACAGGCUGCGGAUCCACGUUCUGCACGUGCACGAAAAACACAGACCUCACAAGUGCUCAGUUUGUGGAAAGAGUUUUUCUCAGUCUUCCAGCCUCAACAAACACAUGCGCGUGCACUCCGGAGAGCGGCCUUACAAGUGCGUCUACUGCAACAAG